AAUUAAUUUUCGUUAAUUAUUUUUGGAUUCACAUAGAAUCUCUAAUAUAGAUCAGUGCUUUUAUAUUGAAUAGAUGUAAUAAUUAUGGCAUAAUAAUAAAAUUGCCAGGAAGUGAAAAUAAAAUAAAUUAAUUUUAGAAAUAAAGAGGAAAUUAGAAUAUUUUAGAAGAAAAAUUUUUUUGUGCUCAUAUAAAAGAUUAAAAUUAUUUAUUAAAUAGUGAAGAAGGCAUUGUGCAUAUAAGCGAAUGAUUUCAAGACCAGUGUAAGGUAAAAGGCAAAACUUAAAGACAAAACUGGAAAUUUAAAAUUCAAUUUAGUUUUUGUUCACAUAUGAAGGCAUAAUCUUAUUAAACGUAAAAUUGUUUAAAAAAUAUCAAGGCAGUUGCGAGUGGAAGUUUAAAAAUUUUAAAUAAAAAUUUGUGCCCCAGAAACAAAAGCCAAUAAAAAGAAUAAUAACAAAAUUAAAAAUUAAAUAAUUACUAAGAGAGAUCGUAAAUAAUUGCCAAAUUAAAUUAAAAUAGAAGUGUGUGCAUUAAACAAUAAAUUUUUUGGGGCAAGACAAGAAUUUUUAAAUUAUACGAGUAAUCGUACAACAUUAACUUGCCAUUAAUUGUAUAUGGAUUAAAUUUAUUGCAGCUUUCAAAGAUACGAUUAUAUACGAGCAUAUCUGAAUUUAUUGAUGAACAAUUUGUCAAGUCAGCAUCAACAAACCAAAAUUUCUUUGAAUGUAAUAAUUGAAGUAACAAUAAUAAACUUGUGCUUGUAUACACAAAAUUAACGCCACCUAGACACUUCUCUCUUCAACAAAUCUGUGAUUCUUCUCUUUGCGAAAGUAUAAAUACAAAUGUUUUGUAUGCAUAUGUCAACUUCAGGAAAAACUUAAGUGAAACAAAAAGAAAGGAAAAAUGAACAAAAAUGAUUUCCAAAAAUUCUAAAAAAUCAUAAGAAUUGAAAAUCUGGUCAAGAAAAAUUUAAAAUCAAAAUUAAAAGAGAGUAAGAGAGCAACAACCAAAAAAAGCAUCAAUAACAGUGAAAAUUCAUUCAUUUCAUUAAUUGAUUUGAUUUUCUUGUUACGGCAGCAAUGAAAAUUACAUGUCAGCAAUUCUUCGAAAACCAUCAUCUUUCAACUAUUACAAAAUCAAUUUUAUAUCAACUAAGAAAAAUAACACUAUCAUCGCCAUCACUUCAAGGAAUUCUAACGCAUAAGAAUCCUAGUAGUAAAAAUAAUAACAAUAAGUGUUGUAACAAAAGAAAUGUUAAUAAUGAUGGUAAUAAGAGUAAUGUUAAAAUUAAUAUCCUUGAAAGAAGAUUUACGAUUAAUAAAAUAUUUCAAAUAAUUAUUAUUAAAACAAUUCCAUUUUUAUUAUUAUUAUCAAAUAAAUCAUCAUCAAUAACGCAAGAACAGUUAAUGAUUAUAUCAAAGAAAACAGCGAAAAAUAAUCGAAAAUCAUCAAUAUGUCUACAGAGGUCAUCAGGAUCAAGUUUUACAACAAUAAUAUUGAAAAUAUUGAGUAUUUUGAAAAAUUUCUCUUUCAUCAAAACAUUAUUUAUGCUCUUAUUCAUUUUAACUAUAAGCGAUCGAUGUGAUGCUGGUUGUCGUGGAGAGCCCCCAGAAGAUUGUGAAUCAAUUUGUACAUCAAAUCCAUAUACAGAUCCAAAUGCUAAUUGUACUUUAACAGCAUUAGUUUUAGCACCAAAUAGUACAUUCUAUGAGGCGUCAUUAACUAAGAUACACCCUAUUUUAAAAAUUGCUGAAGAACGUGUUAAAUCAUUAAAAUUGUUACCACCACAAAUUAAAUUUUCAUGGAUUUUAAGAGAUGAUAAAUGUGAUGCUGGUUAUGCAUUAAUCGGUGCAAUGGAUGGUAUUGCAAAAAAUUGUUCUCACGUUAUUUUUGGUCCAGCAUGUGAUUAUCCAUUGGCAUCCGUUGGUCGAGUAGCAAAGUAUUUCCAUUCAGAAGGAACACCAAUACUAUCAGUGGGCGGAUUUACAUAUGAUUUUCAAGAGAAAAAAACAAGUUGCAAGGAUGAAUUUUAUAUGCUUAUUAGAACUGGAAUUGUAAGUUUUCAAUCAAUAUCGGAAUUGAUAGUUUCCAUUAUGAAAAAUUACAGCUGGAAUCAUACAUUGCUGUUAUAUAAACGAGAUGGUCAAAGAAAUGUUGCCGGCUUACAUACAUGUCAGUUAAUGAUGAAAACAUUAGUUGAAGUCUACAAACAUUUAAAUGUUACAUAUUCUCCAUUUGAUUUAGAUUCCGGAACAAAAAAUUUAACAGAAGAUUUACAAAGUGAAAUUGGAACAAGACAUGCAAGUCUUUGCCCAAAUACAAUUGAUUUCGUUUUUAGUCCCAAUAUAUUAAAUAUUUUUCAUCCUUCUGUUAUAACUUGA